AUGACGAUUAAAUAUUGGAUAUUUCUUCUGUUUACAUACGUAUCAGCCCAAACGAACAAAGAGCUGGUAAUCAACAAUCUGGUCCCAUUUGAGGAAUAUGUAGAUACACCAGGGAGGGAGCGUGAAACUCAAACGUUACAACAGCGAAUGGAGAAAUGGUUUGUUCCGAGUGUUUCCAUUGCCGUCAUCAACAACUACCAGAUUGAUUGGUCUGAUGGGUUCGGACUGGCACAGCCAAGUGCUGGUGCGAAUGAUAAUACGCUUUAUCAGGCUGGCACCCUCAGCAGCUUCGUAUCUGCAAUCGCCACCCUGGCUCUUUCUCAACAAGGUCGACUAGAUCUAGAGGCUGAUGUCAACACCUUGCUUGGGCCGUCUUUUAAGAUUAAAUAUAACGACCAACAAAAGGAUGGUGUAAAACUAAAACAUUUGCUUAGUCACAAUGGCGGAAUUUCUGAACUUGAAUUUGAAGGUUAUCCACAAUCAAUUAGUCAAUUGCCGACUUUACUUGAGACGCUAAGGGGUGAAUCACCAGCUAAUAAUCUACCAAUUGAAGUCGAGGAAGAUUUUUUGGGUUUCGAAGGAAAGCCUGUUCGUCAAGGUGUUGAGGAGGACUACUCAUCAGGCGCAUAUGCUGUACUGCAGCAACUCCUCAAAGACCAGACGGGUCAGGAUUUCAAACAGUUGGUGCAAACCGAGGUUUUAGGUAAAGCAAGUAUGUCGUCAAGUACAUUUGAUAUUAAAAGUCCGAGUAAUGCUUUUGGCGUGGCUUAUGGUUAUGACUGCAUCAGUGAAAGGGACACCGUCGUACCAGGGAAUUGGUGGAAUUUCCCCGAAUCUGCUGCUCAAGGUCUUUGGACAAAUGUGAAAGAUCUUGCCAACCUUGUCAUCAACAUUGCUGGUGGCAAAAGCUCAAGACCUGGGUCUAUUUUAAAUGCAGCUACAACUGCUAAAAUGCUCACUAAACAAACGAGGAAAGGACAGGGCAAUCCACCUGCUAAUGAAAACGGCAUGUUCGGAAUUGGCACAGAAGUAGUCGAUGGGCAGAACGGAAACACGUGGUUUGUGAAUACCGGAUAUAGUGAAGGAUACUGUAGUGAAGUUAUAGGAAAUACAGAUGGCCGUGGAUUAGUUCUUAUGUCCAACCAGGAUUGUGCACGUGGCCAUUUUCUACUUGGGGAAAUAUUCCGUGCUGUGGCACAGGUUUAUAAUUGGCAGGAUGCCAUAGGCAACUCGAAAAUCGAAUUCAACAAAAGAAUGCAGGUCAGGCCAGCCCCGCCCUCUCCACAACCAUGGGAAGGUAAUUAUGUGAUUGAUGACAUCCAGGUUCCACCACUUCUAAAGGGUAUACUGGAGGAUGUUGUUGGGCGACCUAUCACAAAAGACGACCUACCAUUUCAAAAUGUUUAUGUUACAUCAUCAAUGAUCCAACCUGAUAAGCACUUAUGCAGUAUGUACAUAUAUCCAUGUGCAAGGCCUGACAAAAUUGGCAAGUACUGCACAGUCCUUACUAUAUGGCAAGUAACACGUGCUAAACUAGGAGAUAUCACUUUUAUCCCCGAUGGACCAAAUGGGUACAAAGCUGAAUUUUUCCUUAUGCCUACAGAUUUUGGUGAUAUAAUAGGCCAUGGGCAUCGAACAGGUGGAGCUCCUACCAGAGGCCCACCAGGUGGAACUACUCCGUCACCAGGUGACCGUGACAGGAAUAAAAACCUCGUGAUUCACAACCUCUUACCAUUUGAACACUAUGUGGACACCCCAGGGAGGACAGAUGAGACCCAGAAUCUCGAACAGAGAAUGCAGAAGUGGUUCGUUCCGGGUGUAUCUAUUGCCGUUAUCAAAGACUAUCAAGUUGACUGGGCUGAUGGAUUUGGAAUGGCACAGCCCGGGGUAUCUGCAAGUGCUGACACUUUAUACCAAGCUGGUACACUCAGUAGUUUUGUGUCUUCAAUCGCGGCAUUGUCAUUAGUGCAAAAGGGUCAACUUAAUUUAGAGGCUGAUGUUAACACACUUUUGCAGAAUUUUAAGAUGACUUACAAUGGCCAACAAAAGGACGGUGUAAAACUAAGACAUAUAUUGGCCCACAAUGGUGGAAUUGAUAUUGAUGAAUUUGAUGGAUAUAAGCAGUUAAGUCAACUGCCGACGUUAAUGCAGACUCUGAAUGGGCAAUCACCUGCGAAUAACCAGAAGAUAGGAAUAAUGGAGGACUACCUGAGCCUUGACCCAAAGCCGGUUGGACAAGGAGUUGAAGAGGAUUAUUCUUCAGGAGGGUUUGCAGUUUUACAACAAAUUCUCGAGGAUCAGACAAGCCAAAGCUUUGUUGAUUUAGUACAGAACGAGGUAUUUGGCAGGGCUAGAAUGGUGUCCAGUUCGUUUGAAAUCAAAAGUAGCCAAUAUGGCUUGGCUUUUGGGUAUGACUGUGUCAGUGAUAGAGACACUGUCGUGGAAGGGAAUUGGUGGAAUUUCCCAGAAUCUGCUGCUCAAGGUCUCUGGACAAAUGUGAUAGAUCUUGCAAAAUUGGUGAUUAACAUUGCUGGUGGUAAAAAUUCCAUGGCUGGGUCAAUCUUGAAUCCUUCGAUUACUGCUCAGAUGCUUACAAAACAAACUAAGCAAGGUCAGGGAAAUCCACCAGCUCUUGAAAAUGGAAUAUUUGGUCUGGGAACGGAAGUCGUCGAUGGCCAGAACGGAAACACGUGGUUUGUGAAUACCGGAUAUAGCGAGGGGUACUGUAGUGAAGUCAUAGCCAACACGGACGGACGAGGUCUGGUUAUGAUGUCCAACCAGGAUUGCGCUCGUGGACAUUUCCUACUUGGGGAAAUAUUCCGUGCUGUCUCAGUAGUCUAUAACUGGCAAGAUGCUAUUAACAACCCAAACAUAGAAUUUAAUAGCAGAAUGCCCGUAAAACCCGCUCCAUCAUUUCAACAACCAUGGGAGGGGAAUUAUAUGAUCGUCGAUAUACAAGUCCCCGAGCCUCUAAAGUCUAUCAUUGAGGGAAUCGCUGGACGCCCUAUAAAACGUGAAGAUCUACCGUUCCAGAAUAUAUAUGCCUCCACGACAAUGAUUCAGCCAGAUAAGAACUUAUGCAGCAUGUACAUCUACCCUUGUGCAAACCCUGAUAAAAUUGGGAAGUACUGUACUGUCCUGACUAUAUGGCAGGUCGUGAACGCCCAGUUAGGAGACAUAACCUUUAUACCAGAUGGUCGAGGAGGGUAUACAGCAGAGUUUUUCCUCACAGAUACGGAGUUUGGUGACACAAAAAUUCAUGCAACUCGAACAGGCUCUGCAACACCUCCUCCCAGCUUAACUACACCCUCACCAAUAGAUCGAGAAAUGAACAAACAGCUUGUGAUACAGAAUCUCCUGCCAUUUGAACACUAUAUCCACACACCUGGAAGGACAGAUGAGACACAAACUCUUGCACAACGAAUGGAGAAAUGGUUUGUCCCUGGUGUAUCUAUAGCUGUCAUCAACAACUACCAGAUUGACUGGGCUGAUGGGUUUGGAAUGGCACAGCCUGGUGUCCCAGCCUCUGCUGACACCAUCUAUCAAGCUGGUACGUUGAGCAGUUUCGUGUCUGCAAUCGCCACCUUGUCUCUUGUGGAACAAGGUCAACUUGAUCUAGAAGCUGAUGUUAACACUCUCUUACGAUCAUGGAAGAUGACCUACAACAACCAGCAAAAGGAUGGCGUGAAACUUAAGCAUCUACUGGCCCAUAAUGGCGGCCUUACUGUUCUGGAGUUCGAUGGUUAUCAACAGUCAAGUCGGAUGCCAAACUUAUUGCAGACUCUGAAUGGUCAAUCUCCUGCUAAUAAUGAGAAAGUUGCAGUUUCAAACGAUCUGUUAGGGUUUGGAGACCAACCAUUAGGACAAGGAGAGCAAGAAGACUACUCUUCGGGAGGUUAUGCUGUUUUGCAGCAAAUUCUCGAAGAUCAAACCAAUCAGCCUUUCAAGCAAUUGGUACAAAGAUUGGUCUUGGAUAAGGCGUCGAUGCGAUCUAGUACAUUUGACAUAAAAAGUCCCAGUAAUUCAUAUGGUAUUGCAUAUGGCUAUGAUUGCCUCAGUGACAAGGACACUUUAGUCCCAGGAAAAUGGUGGAAUUUCCCCGAGUCUGCCGCCCAAGGCUUAUGGACCAACGUAAACGAUCUUGCCAACCUUGUUAUCAAUGUUGCUGGUGGUAAAAAUCACAUGCCAGGCUCAAUCCUGAAUCCUACCUCAACAAAUAAUAUGCUUACAAAACAAACUAAGAAUGGUCAGGGCAAUCCCCCUGCUACCGAAAAUGGCAUGUUCGGAUUAGGGACUGAAGUAGUCGAUGGUCAAAAUGGAGAUACCUGGUUUGUGAAUACCGGAUAUAGUGAGGGGUAUUGUAGUGAAGUUAUAGCCAACACAGACGGACGAGGUUUGGUUGUCAUGUCCAACCAGGAUUGUGCUCGCGGCCAUUUCCUACUUGGGGAAAUAUUCCGUGCUGUAUCGGUCGUUUACAAUUGGAAUGAUGCUAUUGAUAACACAAAUAUAGAGUUCAAUAGAAGAAUACCUGUAUUCCCUCCUCCCAAAACAAAACAACCAUGGGAGGGAAUGUACUCCAUCGUUGAUAUAGAAGUUCCUGAACCAUUGAAGUCUAUUGUUGAAGGAAUUGCUGGGCGUCCCAUCAAACGUGACGAUCUACCAUUCCAAAAUGUCUAUGCCUCAACCACAAUGAUUCAACCAGAUAAGGCGCUGUGUAGCAUGUACAUCUAUCCUUGUGCAAAUUCUAAUAAAGUUGGAAAGUACUGUACUGUUCUGACAGUCUGGCAAGUGGUCCAGGCACAGUUAGGAGACAUCACAUUUAUCAAAAAUGGCAAUGGAUACAAAGCAGAAUUCUUCCUAACUGACACUGACUUUGGCGACAUUAAAAUUCACCUCACACGAACAAGCCAGGGAGUUGGUGCAGCCUCAGCCAAGUCAGCAACUGCGAUAUUCAUAACAUUUACAUUGGUUAUACUCGGAUUUUUAUAAUGGACAAUUUGAUAAUGCAAUAAACCGUUUUGGUAUCUUUAUGUAAAUAUGCAUAUUGUAGAUCUAGUGUAGAUCUAAAAACAACACUAUAAAUGUCAGUCCAAACAAUCGAUUGAAUCAGCUGUGAAAAAACAAUUAAGUGUUAUUGAUAUUCUUGUGGGAAGAUUCAAUUUCAAUGCAGUGACGAACAUAUUAGAAGCUUAUCCACAUGUAUGAUACAUAUAUUAUUACCACAUAUGUACCACCACAAUAACGAACUGUUUUAUCUGUCCUUAACUUAUUUGGUUCGAAAAUCUAAAACAAAUAAUUGAAGAUGUAAUCUCAUCAACAAGUGUUAUAAUGACUAAAAUGCAUUCAUUAUCACAGGCGAAGGGGACAAUGUGAUAAUGAAAUUAAAUUAAUGAAAUAGAAUUCAAUUAAAAGUACAAAUUGAAAUAUUAUCUGAGUGUGUAUUUUAAACAC